AUGAGCUACAUCGAACCAAAAUCUGCCCAAGAAUUCGACUCUGCCAUCGAAUCUGCCCUCAAAAACGACCCAUACGUCGUCAUCUACUACACUGCCACUUGGUGUGGUCCAUGCAGAGCCAUCGCUCCAGUCUUUACCAAGAGCUCCCAAGAUAACACCAACGUCAAGUUCUUCAAGGUCGACAUUGACCUAACCCAAGAAUCACCCAGAGUUGCUACCAUCUCCUCUGUUCCAAAGUUUGAAUUCUACAAGAGUGGUUCCAAGGUUUCUGAAUUUGCUGGUGCCUCUGCUGCCAACCUCAAUAAGAGUGUUGCUGAUCUCCAAGCCUAA